AUGUCGCGCUCCGGGAAGGCCGUCCUCCUCUGCUUGGCCCUGUUCGCCGCAUGGCGCCUCUGCUUUACCCUGUUCGCCGACGCGCCUCCUCGUCCCGGUGGCCACCCUGCGGAGGAGGCUGCGGUGGCGCUCAGGACAGAGUUCAUGGCCACCAGCGCGUCGCGCUACGGCGCCACUACGGAAUCUGUGGACUUCGUGUUGGGGGCCGAGCAGGCGAGGCGGCGCGUGAACGCCUUCGUGUCGGACAUGACGAAGCAGCUCAUCCGUGACAUCCUCCCUCUCGGCUCCGUCCACUCGUCCACGACGGUCGUCCUCGCCAACGCGCUCUACUUCAAAGGAGCGUGGUCCCAACCGUUCGACAUCUUCACAGCACCGUUCCACAGCCCGGGCGGCAGCAUCACCGUGCGCGUGCCGUCCAUGAAGACAGACCAGUCACAGUACAUCGCGCUCUACCAAGGAUUCAGGGCCCUCAAGCUGCCCUACAAGAAUGAAGUGGAUCCGCAAGCUGCAUUCUACAUGCUUAUCCUUCUCCCAGACAGCGACACUCUCAGUCUCGCCGAUCUCUACGACAAGGCGGUGUCGAUGCCGGAGUUCAUCAAGAAGCACACGCCGGCACAGAAGGUUCCAAUCGGACAGUUCAUGGUCCCCAAGUUUAAGUUCACGUUCGAGUUCGAGGCGUCGUCGGACAUGCAGAAGCUUGGUGUCACCAGGGCUUUCAAUAGGGGCAACUUCUCAGGCAUGGUGAGUGGCGGGGAUGAGCUCUCCAUCACCGGGGUGUACCAUAAGGCCACCAUUGAGGUGGACGAGCUAGGCACGGUGGCCGCUGCAGCCACGGCCGUCGUAUUCAUGACUGAGAGUGUUUCGUCUGCCGUGGAUUUUGUGGCGGAUCGGCCCUUCUUAUUUGCCGUGGUUGAGGAGAGCACAAGCACACUAGAUUUUCAGGUGGAUGCAGAAGCAGCGAUACGGAUGGUCAUGUGGCUCUUCUUUGAGAUGUGCAACAGCGGGUGCAAGCCGGACACUUUGGUAUACAAUUCCCUAGUCGGUGCUCAUAUGCAUUCACUAGACAAGAGUAAUGCUUUCAUGAAAGCUCUCAGCUAUUUUGACAAGAUGAAGGGCAUGGAGACUUGGAGAGAUACUUGCCGAAUAUUGUGA